AGCCAAUCGGGUUUCUCUCUGGGCCUGCGGGAUUAUGUAAUGAAUGGACAAAGCCGCAGGCGGAUCGGAGGGGGGCGUGAGCCCGCUGCUGAACUCGCGCUAGGAGGCGCGCGGCGUUUCGCGUGUGUUUCUCCGCUUUCCGUUCUUCUUGUUGAGAUGACAGGACGAUAACGAAGUGUCUCAAGCGUCCUUCUUUAUCAACCUACGUCACUGCGUCCCUUUUUAGCGCUGAACAGGAUCGACGGAGAGAGUCUACCUGAAGAUUUACCUGAAUCUGAAACCGAGGAAAAGGAAAAACAGGAGAUUUUUUCCCGUCUUUUUCCUGCUCUUCGCUCCCGGUGUUGGACCAUCUAGCGGCAGACGGCAGCCAACGCUCAGCGUCCCGCAUUUAGACAUUUAGCCAUAGCGUCUCUUCCCCUCUCAGCUCUGUGUCACAUGGGCGAAGAUCAGGCAGGAGAACGAAGUUAAACAACAACAACAACAACAAAAACAUUUGUUUGCUUUUAUUUUUCUGUGUGAAAAUGAGAAACCUCAAAGUUCAUUUUUAAUUUUAAGCCGCCGAACCAUGAUUCACUCCUGUAAUCACAACAGCCCCACCUAGGGGCCGAGCAGAAAAGCGCAGUUUCCGGACCAAGAGAACAUCACCCAAUUUAUGAUGAGUGAUGACAACUCAGACUCCGCCCCCAGCAAUGACACCCGAGGGGGUGUGGGCGGAGCCGAGGAAGAGGCCAGGCAGGGGGCGGGCUCUCCGGGGCUGAGUGGCGGCGACUCCUCUUCGGACACCAAUCGCAAGCGAGGUGCUGCCCCGGGGGGCGUGUCCAAAGCCCGGGGCGCCUCCCGAGGGCCCCAGGACGACACGGACGCCCACUCCAGCGGGAACGACUCCGGGGAGCGGGACAGCGAGGGCCGGCUGGGCCGCGAGGCCUCCAGGGGGCGCCAGUCCACCUGCAGCUCCCAGUUCUCCUCCAGCCACAACGGCAAAGACUCCGCCAUGAUCCUGGAGACCACCGAGAGCAACAAGAGCUCAAACUCGCACAGCCCGUCCCCCCCCAGCAGCUCUGUGGCGUACAGCCUGCUGAGCGCCAGCUCGGAGCAGGACCACCCGUCCACCAGCGGGUGCAGCAGCGAGCAGUCGGCCCGGCUGCAGACGCAGAAGGAGCUGAUGAAGGCGCUGAAGGAGCUGAAGAUCCGCGUGCCCCUGGAGCGCCGGGGGAAGGGCCGCUCCAGCACACUGGCCUCCCUGCAGUACGCCCUCAACUGCGUCAAACAAGUCCGCGCGAAUCAGGAGUACUAUCACCAGUGGAGUGUGGAGGAGAGCCAUGACUGCAGUCUGGACCUCUCCACCUUCACCAUCGAAGAGCUGGACAACAUCACCUCUGAGUACACCCUCAAAAACACCGACACGUUCUCGGUGGCGAUCUCCUUUGUGUCGGGGAAGGUGGUGUACAUCUCGCCGCAGGCGUCCUCUCUGCUGCGCUGUAAGCCGGAGCGCCUGCAGGGGGCGCUGUUCUCUGAGCUGCUGGCCCCGCAGGACGUCAGCACCUUCUACAGCAGCACCGCACCCAGCCGCCUGCCCCUGUGGGCCGCCUGCAGCGGCUCCGUGACCUCGCCCCGGGACUGUGCUCAGGAGAAGUCCAUGUUCUGCCGGAUCAGUGGGGGGCGGGAGCAGGAGGGCGUGGUGCGCUACUACCCCUUCCGGCUGACCCCGUACCAGCUGACCCUGCGAGACUCGGACGUGUCCGACGCCCAGCCCUGCUGCCUGCUCAUCGCUGAGAGGGUGCACUCCGGAUACGAGGCUCCUCGGAUCCCGGCCGAUAAGAGAAUUUUCACCACUAGCCACACCCCCAGCUGCCUCUUCCAGGAGGUGGAUGAACGGGCAGUACCGUUGUUGGGGUAUCUGCCGCAGGACCUUGUUGGGACCCCUGUGUUGCUUUACCUGCAUCCUGAAGACAGACCUCUCAUGGUGGCCAUUCACAAAAAGAUUCUGCAGUUCGCGGGUCAGCCGUUUGAGCACUCGCCGCUGCGUCUGUGCGCACGGAGCGGGGAGUACCUGACCAUCGACACCAGCUGGUCCUCCUUCGUCAACCCCUGGAGCCGCAAGGUGGCCUUCAUCGUGGGCCGGCACAAAGUCCGAACGAGCCCGCUGAAUGAAGAUGUGUUCACGGCGCCACCGGGCGGGGAGGGGCGGAGCCUGGUGCCGGAGAUCUCGCAGCUGUGCGAGCAGAUCCACCGGCUCCUGGUGCAGCCCGUGCACUCCAGCUCCUCCCAGGGCUACUGCAGCCUGGGCAGCAACGGGUCCCACGAGCUGCCCGCCAGCGCCGCCUCGUCCAGCGACAGCGCCGCCGCCGCCGAGGACCCCGCCCCCCUGCACAAGCCCAUGACCUUCCAGCAGAUCUGUAAGGAUGUGCACAUGGUGAAGACCAGCGGCCAGCAGGUCUUCAUCGAUUCACGCAACCGCUCCCCUCCCCGCAAACACGCCAGCACAGGAGUUGUGAAGGCAGUGCAGUGCUUGAAUGUGGGAAAGCUGAUCAGUGAGGGGGUCAAAGUGGACAAGAUUCCCCCAAAAGCAGAACCCCCCCCCCCUCCUGAGAGGCGAGAGUCGGCCCCCGCCUACUCAUACCAGCAGAUCAACUGCCUGGACAGCAUCAUACGGUACCUAGAGAGCUGCAACGUUCCGAACACGGUGAAGAGGAAGUGUGGGUCAUCCUCGGGCACGACGUCAUCCACAUCCGAUGACGACAAACAGAAAGAGGCGGCGGGCAGCUCCAAUGUGACUCUGGAUGCAGCAGCGGGACAGAAAGCGGGCCCCCAGGGGCCGGCCCCCGCUCUGAGCCCCCUGGCCCUGCACAGUAAAGCAGACAGCGUGGUGUCAGUCACCUCCCAGUGCAGCUUCAGCAGCACCAUCGUACACGUGGGCGACAAGAAACCCCCCGAAUCAGACAUUGUGAUGGAGGAGACUCCUCCCACCCCUACACCUGCCCCUCUCACUCCCGCGGCCAUGCCCACCGCGGUGGCUCCGCCCCCCCCGGCCCCGCCCAGCCCUGCGGGGGCGGAGCGGGAGGGGAGGCGGGGCGGGGCGGGGCGCCUGGGCCUCACUAAGGAGGUUCUGCUGGCGCACACACAGCAGGAGGAGCAGAACUUCCUGUGUCGAUUCCGCGACCUCAACCAGCUGCGUGUCUUCGACCCCAGCUCCGCUCCCUACCCGCCCAGCGCCACUCCCUUCGCUAAAGGAGUGCGCAGUUCCCGUGAUUACCCAGCAGUGGGCAGUAGCGGGCGGCGGCGAGGUCGGGGGGCUAAGAGGCUGAAGCACCAGGAGGGUCUGGCUGUGCGUCGAGGGGGCGGAGUCUCGGGCACCGCUGGGGGUUUGGGUGCUAAUGCUAACGGGGAGGGGUGUGGGGGUUUGGCGUUCCCCCCUCCCCACCACCUGCCCCUGGGCCCACAGACCUCCUCCUCCUCCUGGCCUGCCUCUGUGGUCUCCCAGGCGAGCCUCCCCCCUGUACCCUACCCCCCCGUCCUGCCCCUCUACCCCCUCUAUCCGCCCCUUGCCCCGCCCAAUGGCCACCCGCCAGGCUUCCCCAACAUGCAGCCCACGCCCCGAUAUCCCAUCCAGGCACCCCAGUUACCCCCACCCCUAGUGCCCCCAAUGAUGGCUUUUGUUUUGCCCAAUUACGUGUUUCCCCAGCUCAACCCAGCUAUGUCGCAACUCAACCCAGCCGUGAUACAACUCAACCCAGCCUUGUCACAACUCAACCCCGUCAUGUCACAACUCAACCCAGCCUUGUCACAACUCAACCCCGCUAUGUCACAACUCAACCCCGCUAUGUCACAACUCAACCCCGUCAUGUCACAACUCAACCCAGCCUUGUCACAACUCAACCCAGCCUUGUCACAACUCAACCCAGCCUUGUCACAGCUCAACCCGGCCAUGUCACAGCUCAACCCGGCCUUGUCACAACUAGGCUCCUCUCUGGCCAAUGCACCCCAACAGUUUUACAGCCCCAACUCUGCAUUCCCAUUUCUCAGUCCGGCCCCGGUACCCCGACACCCAAUAGUGCCCCCCACUACUGCAACCACACCAACGCCACAUGCCCCGUCCCGCUCCAGCACCCCCCAGUCCUGCAGCCAGCCUCUCCCAGAGCAGGAGGGGGUGGAGUCACCCCUCUUCCAGUCCCGGUGCUCCUCCCCUCUCAACCUGCUCCAGCUGGAGGAGUCGCCUAGCAACAGACUGGAAGCUGCUUCAGCACUCGCUGCAGCCCAGCAGACUCCGCCCCCAAUUGGAGCAGCAUCACAAGAUUGGUCAGGGAAGCAGGGAGGUGGGACUGCAGCGCAGGUCUCAGCCAAUCGGAGCAGCGCUGCUGGAGACUCUAAAGAGAAUGAAAAUGGAGAAGCGAAUGAGUCGUCCAAUCAGGACGCCAUGUCCACCUCCAGUGACUUCCUGGACCUGCUGCUCCAAGUGGACUCCCGAUCAGGCACUGGCUCGGCAGCCUCAGGCUCGGGGUCCUCGGGCACCGGCUCCAAUGGCUGCAGCACAUCAGGAAGUGGCACCCGAAGCAGUAGCAACACCAGCAAAUACUUUGGCAGCAUUGAUUCCUCGGAGAAUGAGCACUCCCGCAAACAGGCAGCAGGGGGCGCCGGUGAGGAGCAGUUCAUGAAGUACGUGCUGCAGGACCCCAUCUGGCUGCUCAUGGCCAACACUGAUGAGAAAGUGAUGAUGACCUAUCAGUUGCCUGUCAGGGACAGGGAGCAGGUGCUGUCUGCCGAUCGGGAGUCUCUGCGGUUGAUGCAGAAGCAGCAGCCUCGGUUCAGUGAGCUGCAGAAGCGGGAGCUCAGUAAAGUGCACCCCUGGAUCCGCACCGGCCGCCUGCCCCGCACCAUCGACAUCACGGCGUGUGUGGGGUGCAGGUCGCCCCCCCCAGGACCGGAGGCCUCCCCGUUUGAUGUGGAGAUCCACGACAUGGAGCUGAGCGCCGUGCUGGAGCCGCCUGAGGACGGCGUGCAGCGAAAGACGCCCGACAGCUCCACCCCCUUCGUCCCUCCCGAAACUGCCAUGGAGGAAGAGGAGGUAGAGGAGGCGGGGGCGGGGAAAGGGGGGAAGGGAGAGGGAGCUGCUGUAGGGCUCACCCACUCCAAUGACCAGGAAAUGAGCACAGAGGAACAGGAAGUGACCUCACAGACAAUGGAGGAGAAGGGGGUUGCCAUGAUUGCCAUGGCCCACUGAAGCUGGGGUGUGGGGGAAGGGGGGGUGGCGAGUGCGGUUGGGGAACGCUGUGUGCCCCCGGUGUGACUGAAUGCAGCCCGUCAAACAGUCCAGUCAUGUGACAUGACAUCACUAUGCCAGGGUCAUGUGACAACACAAUAACUAACUCUGAAAACCCUCUCCAAUGGUUAGAAAUGCGUUUCUCUAAAAAAAAAUAAAAAAAAGCCGAACUACAACCAGGGAAAUAAAUCACAACUGCAUACGGCC